AGCUAGCUCUAGUCCAAGCUCCGGGACGGGGUGCAGAGCUCUCAUGGCGCUCUGGGUGACUCUCCUCUGUACCUUGAUAGCAUCGCUGCUCGGUGGGCUCUACCUCCUGGGUGCGUUUCGGAGACAGAGACCCAAUGAGCCCCCUCUGGACAAAGGUACUAUUCCCUGGGUGGGUUACCUGCUGGAUUUCAGAAAGGACAGUUCAGAGUUUCUAAAAAGGAUGCAGAGAAAACACGGGGAUAUUUUCACGGUGCUGAUUGGAGGCCAUUACUUCACCUUCGUGAUGGACCCCUUCUGCUUUGGAGCCAUCGUGAAGGAAUCACGAUCUAAACUAGACUUUAGGACCUUUGCAUCCAAACUGGUCCUGCAGGUUUUUGGCUACAAGCCCAUCGAAGCCAACCAUAGCAUAAUUCAUGCAUCGAGCACGAAGCAUCUGAUGGGAGACGGACUCACUGUCAUGACACAGGCCACCAUGGAGAACUUUCAGAAGCUGAUGCUUUUCAAUCUGAGCCCAGGGGAGGAGAAGCGAGUGUGGCAAGAGGAUAGCCUCUUCCACUACUGCUACAACAUCGUCUUCAGAGCUGGGUACCUGGCUCUGUAUGGCACGGAGCCACACCAAGGGGCAGAUAAUAAGGAGAAAUCUAAUGAGCAAGAUCGCAUCCACUCCAACGAGGUGUUCCAUGAGUUUCGGAAGUACGACCGUCUCUUCCCUCGCCUGGCCUAUGCCGUGUUGCCCCCCAAGGACAAAAUAGAAGCUGAACGGCUUAAGAGGCUCUUCUGGAGCAUACUGUCUGUGAAGAAGAGCUGGCAGAAGGACAAUAUCAGUGGGUGGAUAAGUGACCAAAACCAUCUUCUGGCAGAAAACGGUGUCCCCGAGUACAUGCGGGAUAGGUUCAUGUUUAUGCUCCUCUGGGCAUCCCAAGGCAAUACGGGCCCAACUGCCUUCUGGCUCCUCUUUUAUCUAAUGAAACAUCCAGAAGCUAUGAAGGCUGUGAAGGAAGAGGUGGAUAAAGUUGCAAGGGAGAAUGGCCAAGAAGUGAAGCCAGGGAGCCCACCAAUUAACAUCACCAGGGACAUGUUAAACCAGACUCCUAUUCUGGACAGUGCUGUAGAGGAGACCCUGAGACUGGUUGCAGCCCCAAUACUGGUCAGAGCCGUCCUCCAAGACACCAGCCUGAAGACGAGCAGCGGGACAGAGUACACCCUACGCAAAGGAGACAGGCUGGCUCUGUUCCCACACAUCUCCGUGCAGAUGAACCCAGAAAUCCACCCUGAGCCUCAUGAAUUUAGGUACGACCGCUUCGUGAACCCAGACGGCACCAAGAAGGAUUUCUACAAAAAUGGGAAAAGGCUGAAAUACUUCAACAUGCCCUGGGGGGCAGGAGUGUCCAUCUGUCCUGGGCGGUUCUUCGCUACUGCUGAAAUUAAACUGUUUGUGUUCUUGAUGCUAAGUCACUAUGACCUGGAGCUGGUCAACAGAGAAGAGGAGAUCCCAGCGAUAGACGUCAGCCGCUGGGGAUUCGGGACGAUGCAGCCUGUUCGCGAUGUUCGGUUCAGAUACCGCCUACGCUUUUAAUUUGGGAAGUCCUUGUGGUGGUGUUUGUUCUGUUUCUGUGACAGAAAUUGCGUGAUCCCAUGGUUAUCAGAUCUGUGUGGUGCCAACACUGGUAUGAUCCUGUUUGUGUAAUUAUUAUCAUGGCUUUUCUCUUUACUCCUCCAUGUGUAUCAUUGUUCUGCGUCUCUGAUUAUUGUGGUGUUGGGUUACAUGAUAAAAGCUUGUCUGCAGACCCACAAAGGAGCACAGAGAGACAAAUAGUACCCUGCUAGGCUACUCCCAGCCCCGUCCUGGGUCCAUCAGCCCAUCAAAAGUCCCUCUGUACAAACCCAGGGGAGCACAGGGGCAUAUUGGCAGGUGGGAACCCAAAUUAAAGGCUUCCAAGGAACAAGUAUUUCAUCCAGGUCCCUCCCAGGGCUCUCCCAGGAGAGCCAUCAGCCCCAUGGUCCUGGCACAAGACCCAUCAAGAUUUGCCAUCGGGAGCAGCUCUCCUGAUCGCCAUGUGGACUAAGCGGGAUUGCUGUCAAGGGAGGGGGCACAUCUUAUGGCAUGUAGGGAAAGACCAUUUUGGGACUGCACAGGACUUAUGGUGGGGUGCUUAGGGGAGGAACCAAAGGUGGGAAAAAGGAGGGAUUUAGGUGAUUUGGGGGUAAAAAUAUAGGUGUAAGACAAUAAAAAGUUCUGGUUGCGUGCAAAUAGGCGGCUGGUCCAUACACUUGGUUGCUCACACCCUCAGCCUGAUCAGCACAGUCUGUCCUAUUGUUUUAUUAAAUUCCUUGCCUUAAAUUCAAGACCAUGAGUCAGAGAGCCCGUGUGUCCGUGGUGCCGGCAGCUGGCACAAGUGUGUGAGUGGGUGUGCAAGCGAAGGUCAAGCCAGAUGAGCUGGCAAAUAGGUGAAGUGGCCAGGGAGCCUGGGGGCGAGCCCGGCCACGCUCCAGCACUGGGUCUGUGUUAUUUCAUUAUCAGCUCCUUAACGACACAUUUACUUACAAGAUGAUCCUUAAAGUCCCUUCCAACCCAAACUAUUCUGUGAUUCCAUGAUUUUCCGCGUGAAAUUAUCAUUAGCAGGAUGGCAUCAGCUUGCGGUAAACACCUGAACGAUCAAAGAACAACAAAUAGCCUCUCCACAGACAUAAGGAUUUCCUUGGGGGUCUAUAGUCCCCUUCUUCUAUCUGAUUAAAACAUACUCCUGUGAGCUCCCCAAAGGGAGCAGAGGUGGAUGUAUUGAGUUAAGGACACACCGACAGCUCAUUCCCUGUUCACCUUUAAGAAAAGGAGGAAUCUUGCCACUCAUCUCAUUUACCACGUCAGUGGGAGGAGAAGAGAGUUGCAAGCAUCAGUAGUAACCUACGGU